AUGCUUUCCAGUCAGGAUCUCCUGGAUAAUUCAUCUCUUAUAUCUAUUGCAGCAGUUUCAGGUGAUGACUUAGUUGGAAUAUUGGUAGGGACAGUAACGACUUUGGGAAACUGUAGUGCUGAUGAUAAUAAAUUACUUGCAUCGAGUUUUCCACUUUCGACGGGAGUUGCAUACAUACUUAGUUUGGGUGUUACGUCGUCAUUCAGGUCCAGAGGUGUUGCAUCUAUAUUAUUGAGAUCAUUUAUUGGUUAUGUAUCUGGUGAAAAUAUGGAUUGGUUGAAUGAUUCUAAUCAUCAAGGUGAUUUACCUUGUUCAGAUCUAUUCAGUCAAACUGUAAAUGUGAAUCCAGAUCACUAUAGCAAUGGAGAGCAUUGUUAUUCUGACAGCAAUGCAUCAACUAAGUGUAGCGAUACAUCUUCAUCUAUAAUUUGGCGUGUCAAAGAUUAUAAAUCUCUAUACAAUCUAAUUACACAAUUACCACAUGUCUCUCCUGUACAAGCUGUUUAUCUUCAUGUGUUACAUAGUAAUCUACAUGCAAGACGUUUCUAUGAAAAUCGUGGUUUUAUUUUUCUUCAUACACGUCCCGGUUGUUAUACAAUUGAUGGUAGAUCUGCUGAUGGUUGUACAUAUGUUCUUCAUACAAAUGGUGGAUAUUUAGAUUGUAAACCAUUAAAUUAUAAUUUAAAUACUAUAUAUGAAUAUCUUAAUGAUCAUUCAGUAGUAUUUUAUCUAAGAUGGAUUAUUCGUUUUUUCUCUCAAUCAGGAUAUACCAUUUUGUAUAAAUUACGUAGAUUUUCACAUUAUCUUUAUGAUACCCCUUCGAUGUUUUUACAUUAUCAUGCAUAUAAUCAUCAAAGGCAGGGAUAUAUCAAUCAUCUUUCUUCCUCUUCUUCUUCUUCUUCUUCUUCUUCUUCUUCUUCGUAUCCAACUUCACCUUGUUUACCGUAUCAUUUCUCUGAAUGUUUUAUUCCAGAUACCACAUCAACAUCAUCAUCAUCAUUAUGUGUUUCUCCAGAUUCACCUGUUCUAGAUAAUGAGUAAUAUGCUUUCUAUUUACUUAAUUUAAUGCAUGAAAUUAUGUAAAUCAUAAUAGUACCCAUACAUACAUAUUGUUCUAUAUAUGUUCUAUAUACCUUCUCUAUUCAUCUACGGUUAGUUGUUUUCUUAUUCCUAUGCUUAACUGGUUGUAUAUGUGAUACUAUAUUUGAUGCAUUUUUAAGUUAGACAAUUAAACAAAUAAGUUUGUAUAAUUGUAGAUUAUCUUGCAUUAAAUCAUAAUGUAACUUAGAUCUAUACAACCUUAGUAAAGACUAUUACUUCUUCUUUUAUUUUUCUCUUUUUACAACAUAAUUGUAUUCAAUAAUUGAUCAUAAUGAUACUGUGAUUAUGUUUGUGAAUUUUGUUACUAACUUACUUACGCCUGUUACUCUUCGUGGAAGAGUGUAGGCCAUCCACCAGCAUUCUCUAUCCAACCCCUUGUCUUGGGCAAUCCGUUCUAGUUCUUUCUAGUUGUUAUACAUCUUUUUCAUAUCUGCUUUCAUUUUGUCACCUUUUGAAAAUUUUGUUGUUGUUGUUGUUGUUGGUAAAUUGUUCGUAUUGUUCAUUUCAUUAUGUUUAUUUUGUUAUCAUUCACAAUUCAUAAAUACCACGUUGUUGAACGUAUUGUUAAAUAAAACUAACUGACCUGAUAAGCGUUUUAGUAUAUGUGUAUGUAUGUAUGUAUGGAUGGAUGGAUAAUACAAUGGGAUUGUCUUUA